UCACACUGAACUCAUGCAACGGCAAGUAGUUCCGAAGCCCGCUCCGGGAGGAGCGGGCCUCGGCGCUGGUCCGUCUAGAGGAACGGCGCCUGAUGCCGUCGACCUUACACAGGAGGAUGUAGCCGAUGAGGAUGAGAACUUGGUGGUGGUCGGCGCGACCCGAACCAAAGUCGUCGGCGUGCGCUAUUAUGAAGGAGAAGCAAACCUGAACGAGAUGGUGCUGCUAGUCCGCGAGCCCAACAACCCAUAUGACAGAUGGGCCAUCCGGGUGGACAACGUGCGUGGUGAGAAGAUUGGCCACAUCUCCCGGGAGCAAGCGGCCGUGAUCUCGCCCCUGAUUGACAAGGGCCAACUCCGUAUCGAGGGUGUGGUCCAGGGGGCCAAGGGCGCCUACUCCAUGCCCAUAGACCUGGUGUUCCUGUGCCCUCCGCCGGGGGCAGGGGGGGCCGCAGGGGGUGUGGACCCGGACAGCCUGCGCAGGCGGCUGAGGGCGGGGGGCAUAGCGCUGGGAGGGGGAGGAGGAGGAGGGGGAGGGGCAGCAGCAGGUGGGUCGUAUGUACAGGUGAUGAGUCCGAGUGAGGUGGACAGGUCACUGGAGAAGAUGUUUGACGACCUCCACGCCGCCUCCCCCCUGCAACUCGCCAUGGACCCGGACCCCGAGGUCAUCUCCCCGCUGUUCCCCCACCAGCGGGUGGCGCUAGCCUGGAUGGUGGCGCGCGAGAACGACAGCAGCCUGCCGCCAUUCUGGGAGGAGCAGCGGGCGGGAGGGGGAGGGGGCAGGGAAGGGGGCAGCGGGGGUGGGCGAGCAGGUGCAGCAGGAAGGGGAGCAGGUGCAGCAGCAGCAGGAGCAGCAGCAGUAGGAGGAGCAGGGGUGCGCUACCUGAACUCGCUCACCAACUUCUCCUCGCCGCAGCGACCGGAGCCGCUGAGGGGCGGCAUUCUGGCGGAUGACAUGGGGCUGGGCAAGACCCUGACCAUCAUCUCCCUGCUCGCCACCAACCGCCGGGGGGUGCCCCUGCCGCCCACCUACAUGCUGGACCUGGCAGCGGACCCGGGGCAGGGGCAGGAGGCGGGGCAGGGGCAGGGGGCGGGGCAGCAGCUGACGGCAGGGGCAGCAGCAGGUGGGUCUUCGGCAGGGGCAGGAGGAGCAGCAGGAGCAGCAGCAGCGGGGUCGCGCCAGAAGACACGUGCCGGGGGAGGUCCCAGUGGUGGGGGCGGGAGGAGGAAGGCGGCCGGGCGCGGCAAGAGGGCGGCGAGGAGGCGGAAGGGGGACGAGGAUGAGGACGAGGAUGACAGUGAUUACGAGGAGGAGGAGGAGGAGGAGGCGGGAGGGGGAGGCAGCGAUGAGGAUUACGUACCGCCCAGCAAGCGAAGGAAGACCGCUGCGGGCGCCGCCGUCGCCUCCAAACCCGCCGCCAAGGCUGCUAAGCCCGCCAGGACCGCAGCUGCCCGCAAGACUACUACAGCUGCUGCUGCUGCUGCCAGCGCUGGUGCCUCAUCUGCCACCGCCGCCUCCUCCGCUCAGCCGCCUCAGCCUACCGCGCAGCCUGCCCCCUCCGCUCCGCCCCGCCCCGACGGCCCCCGCUGCACGCUGGUGGUGUGCCCGGUGUCGGUGCUGGGCAACUGGGUGCAACAGCUGGGGGAGCACACGGCGGGGGGGCUGAAGGUGUACGAGUACCACGGCCCCAACCGCAACCGCUCCGCCGCCUUCCUGUCCUGCCAGGAUGUCGUACUCACCUCGUACAACGUGUUGGGGGGCGAGCUGGGGGAGG